GUUGAAGAGCAGUCAGACUGUAAGAUCCUAGAUGGACACUUUGUUUCUCCUAUGGCCCACUAUGUGCCUGGCAUCAUGCCAGUUGAAUCUGUUAUUGCAAGGUUCCAAUUUAUUGUGCCUAAAGAAUGGAGCAGCAAAUACAGACCUGUAUGCAUUCAUCUGGCUGGAACAGGAGACCAUCAUUACUGGAGGCGGCGAACACUCAUGGCUCGUCCUAUGAUUAAGGAGGCCCGAAUGGCUUCAUUGUUACUAGAAAACCCUUAUUAUGGCUGCAGGAAACCCAAAGACCAAGUAAGGUCCAGCUUGAAAAACGUGUCUGACCUUUUUGUGAUGGGAGGAGCUCUCAUUUUAGAGUCUGCAGCCCUUUUGCACUGGCUGGAGAGGGAAGGUUAUGGCCCUUUAGGAAUGACUGGAAUAUCCAUGGGAGGACAUAUGGCUUCCUUAGCAGUAUCCAACUGGCCCAAGCCUAUGCCAUUGAUUCCAUGUUUGUCUUGGUCCACAGCAUCUGGGGUCUUCACUACGGGUGUAUUGAGUAAAUCAAUUAAUUGGCGGGAGCUGGAAAAGCAAUAUUAUACACAGACAGUUUAUGAAGAAGAAAUCAUUCAUAUGCUUGAAUAUUGUGGAACAGAUUCUUUCAAAAUGGGACAUGAGUUCAUGAAAUGCUUUCCUAGCAGUGCAGACAAGCUGACUAAUCUGAAUCUGGUUUCCAGAAGUUUAAAUUUAGAUAUGUCAGACCAAGUUGUGUCCCAAAAGCCUGCUGAGUGCUGUAAUUCUGGUAAAACAUCUAUCAGUGCUACAUCAAAAGGACACUUGUUUCAAGAUAACUCUAAGAUAGAGUGCUUGAAUCAAACACUUGCAGCCCACAAAAGUUGUUAUUCAAAUUACAACCCUCAGUCAUAUCACCUGCUCAGCAGAGAACAGAGAAGAAACAACCUUCAAAAAGAAUCUUUAAUAUUCAUGAAAGGCGUCAUGGAUGAAUGCACUCAUGUAGCAAACUUCUCAGUUCCAGUUGACCCAAGCCUCAUUAUAGUGGUACAAGCCAAAGAAGAUGCCUAUAUUCCACGCACAGGUGUUCGAAGUCUACAAGAAAUCUGGCCUGGUUGUGAAAUCCGAUACCUAGAAGGGGGUCAUAUUAGUGCUUAUCUUUUUAAACAAGGACUAUUCAGGCAAGCCAUCUAUGAUGCAUUUGAACGCUUCCUUAAUAAAUAUGCUAAUUAAUUGGAUCACCAUGUUGCAUAAUCAGUGUAGGCAACCUGUUUCCUACAAAAGGAGUUCACCCUGUGAUGAUGUGAAAAACAAACACAGUACUACCUAUCUGAUUGCUGCCGUAUUCAUCUGUAAUACAGUGAUAUGGGUCAGUCAGUAAACAACUUAAAAUACAUUUCAGUAAUGUAAAGGAAGUACUUGAAUUAUAUAAUCUUGAAGUAUUUGUUAUUAUUUGAAAAUCUCAUAUACCUAAUAUGUUGUCUGUUGUUGCUAUUUAUGAAAAUUUCAAGUUUUUAAUUAUAACUUACUGAUUCAGAAAAAUUUAUUUAUAGAAACCUAUUGGUUUUUAAUAGAAUUGUUGAGACAAACUAAGAUUGUAACAUUACAUAUACUGUAUACCCUUAUAUGCCAUUUUUGCUAUUAACUUGAUUUAAAAAUCUUGUAUCUUUCUCCUUUUUUUGGCUGUGUGUUAGAUUUAUAAUCUAGUUUUCAACUUCAGGUAAUUUUCUUUAAUAGAAAUACCUAAGACGUUUCAGUGUUAGCUUUGAAUUAAAAAGAAAUCCUGACUGCUGAGAUAGCUGUACUUGCUAGUACACACCUGUAAUCCCAGCACUUGAGAGGUGGAGGCAGGAGGGUCAAAAAUUCAAGGUCAUUCUCCCCUAUGUGCCAAAUUUGAGGCCAGUCUGGGCCACAUGAGACCAUCUUUUUAAAAAAAAAUCCCUGACUGCUUUGUAGACAUACGCUUUGAUAAUUAAAAUGAAUGCUGAAAUACAUAAAUAAGAUUAAUUAGACUAAAAUAGGUUUUAAAUUUUUACUGAAGAUUAGGUCAGAGAAAAAGUCAGGGCUGGGGUGUAGCUCAGUAGAGUAUUUAACUGGCAUGUGUAGGUUCAAGGGCCAGUCUUCAGCACUGCCAAAAAGAAAACAAAAGGUGGUAGGGGGAGCCAAACAUAUUUUCUCUAUUUAAGAGAGUUUCAAGUUUUGAAAACUGGAAAUACUGGAAAACCUUUCCAUUAAUUGGUAGAUCCUGUGUACAGCAUUUCUUGUAUACCUGCUCUUCAGUUACUGAAGAGUUAACAGCUUUGACUUUUUAAUAUCAGAAUUUAAUAGCCACAUAUGAUAUUAAUUCCUAUUGUAUAAACUACUGUACAGAAAGACUUUAGGUUUUAUACACUACUAACAUUUUAAGUGGGGAUAAUAUGGCUAGACUUGGUGCUGAUGUUAAACUUAUCUGAAGCUAAAAUGUUUAAAAGGUAAAACAUGUUUUUAGUAUUGAAUGAAAGUAUGGAGUAAAUGUGUUUGUUUGAAAUUUGUACUGUCCUUUCAUUUAAACCAUGUCUUGCUGGUCUAGUAAGAACAUGUGAAUUGUAAUAUGCCUUCGCAGCUUUUUAAAGAUGUGUCACUCUAAGCCUCCAUCAUUGACAUUUGUAACAGCUGUUUAAAAAUGAUUAUUGUAGCUGGGCAUGGUGGCGCACGCCUUUAAUCCAAGCAUUUGGGAGGCAGAGGCAGGCGGAUCUCUAUGAGUUCAAGGCCAGCCUGGUCUACACAGUGAGUUUAA